AUGAUAUUUUAUAAACACACAAGCAAACUUUUGGAUAAUAUAGAUUUAAUUAUUGAAUAUCAUUUAAAUGAAAUUGAAAUAAAUAUUAAAUGGUGUUCAAAAAAAGAAUUCAAUAAAUGGAAAAUAUUCUAUGUUGAUGAUGAAUGUACAUUACCAUUAAAUUCUCCAUUAUAUUAUCUUUGUUCAUCAUCAUCAUCAUCAUCAAAAAAUCCAUCAUUAUUAAAUUCAACAUUUUAUCCUUAUUGGUUUUUAUUAGAAAGUUCAUUAUAUCAACGUCUUUUUUCUCAUAUAACAAAUGAUGAAGAUCAUUUUGUUUUA